AUGUCUUCAAAAAGACCAAGUGAGAGGGAACCUGUAAUUUCUUCAAAAAGACCAAGUGAAAGGGGACUUGAUAAUUCUUCAAGAAGACCAAGUGAACAUAGGCCUGAAAUGUCUUCAAAAAGACCAAGUGAAUGGGAACCUGAAAUGUCUUCAAAAAGACCAAGUGAGAGGGAACCUGUAAUUUCUUCGAAAAGACCAAGUGGUGAAUGGGGGCCAGAAAUAUCUUCAAAACGACCAAGUGAAUGGGGGCCUGAAAUGUCUUCCAACAGACCUACUGAAUGGGGUCCUGAAACGAUUUUUCAAGGAUCAAGUGAAAAGGAACCUGAAAUAUCUUCAAGAAGACCAAGUGAGCAUAGGCCUGAAACUUCAUCAAAGAAGCAAAACGAUUUUACACUGGACUCUUCAGCAAAAAGACCAAGUCAGUCUGGUCCAGAAAGUUCUUCAAAAGGGCCAAAUAUGCGGGAACAAGAGUUUACUACGAAAAGACAAAAAGAAGGGGCAACAGAAGCGCCAUCAAACAGACCAGAUACGUGCCAACAAGAAAAAUCCUCAAAAAGUUACAAUGAAUGUGGAUCAGAUACUUCCUCAAAAAGACAAACUGAUGCGAGUCCUCCGAAACACAGUGAAUCAUAUUCAAGAAGAACUAAAAAAAUGCCCUGUGAAAGAGAUUCGAAGAGACGAACAGAAGCGGAGAAGCACCGUGGAGAUAACAGCUGUAACGACGAGUGUCCGGCAAGGGCUCCAAACUGUUCAGUCGAAGGAGUACCAAGCAUCGGGCAGUUAAAUCUGUCACUCUAUCUUGGGGAGCCCCGGAGUGGGUGCAUCAGCGAAUGCGGUGGCGGCGUUAAUCGAGAUUGCAUGAACCCAGUGGGGCAGGUGAGAUUGUUUGACAGAGCUCUGCCAGACAUCAUGCUGGCUGCGUCGGCGGCGCCGACGUGUUGUGUGAAAGUGGUUACCACCAGAGCAACGUGCACGAACGAAGAGGAGUUUGAGAGAACGUGUUUUGAAGACGAUCAAAGAAGAAAAGCUCAGAAGGCGAUGUUCCCGCGCGAUAGCAGUCCCCCGAACCCAAACGUGGACCACCCCCGGUCGUCAAAGUCCAGGGAGGCGACGGAAGAGAUUAACGAAAGCAACACGGACAGCGAGGUUGCUCCCAGCGAGCUGUCGCAGAGUGAGAACUCCGCCGGCGCCUCAUCCAACGGACCUAAUAGAAAGUCGACCCAAGACAGCCACUCCUCUUUCGAAUCAGGUUAGCACGGCUGAAAGAUCCGAUGACAAGAGUGUGUGGUGCAUUUAAUUUCUGUAGUCAGUUUCAAAUGAGUGGCUGAGACGUUAAAUUAAAUUUCAGAGCGAUUGCAUUUUUCGUGUCAUAUGCAAAGUCCACUGUUUACUUAAUAACGAACAUUUUAAACAAAGUUGAUCCAAAAGAAUACGCUUAUGAAAACGUCGAAUACACAUUUUAUCAAACUUAUGUAAUCUACACAAUUGGCCACUGCACUCGGCGUUUCUACGUGCUGUAUUUGCUCCCUACAUAAUCAUAGUUUUCAUUAAUCCUCUCAUGAAUGUAUGCAACUAUGGAACCUGAUGAUAGGGAGUACGACCACGUAGAUAGGGAUUUCGACCACGUAGGAGAAAAACCCAGUAUUUUUUGGGGAGAAAGGGCAAGUGGAUUGGUUCUGCUUUCAUUUCAUUGGUCGCUGACAUCGUUGUACAACUGCAACAAGGAUGGGAUAACAAUACCGUGAAUUGAAUAAAAAAAAAUUAUCUUCAAUACACUUUAAAAACAAAAAAAUAUUUUUGAUCUGUUUUAAUCAUCCCUACUUAACUUACAUGAGCCAAGUUAGAAACAAAAAACAUGAUUUCGGAACAAAUCACCAUUGCAAAAGAAGGAGGUGGCAACCACGGACAAGUUACUCUCUUUUAAAAGACUUUGACGUACCCCACUAACGUUCAUAUGAUGGCCACUAAUCAUUUGUUGUACCAUAUUAAGUUGUUUCUAAUCAGUUGAACGGAUAUUCUCGCAGUUAUUCUCAUGUCCCCAAUCCCCAUCACGUGAGCUAUUACCUUACCGGAGACUGGGUCACAGCUUACUGGCUGCUGCUGUUCUUGCGGUCCUAGCGUAACUCUGUACAGUGUCUUCACUUGCCUCUGUGCAGUGUCUUCUCUUAAAUCUGUGCAGUGUCUUCUCUUACCCCUGUGCAGUGUCUUCUCGUACAUCUGUGCAGUGUCUUCUCGUACCUCUGUGCAGUGUCUUCUCGUACCUCUGUGCAGUGUCUUCUCGUACCCCUGUGCAGUGUCUUCUCGUACCUCUGUGCAGUGUCUUCUCUUACCCCUGUGCAGUGUCUUCUCAUACCUCUGUGCAGUGUCUUCUCGUAACUCUGUGCAGUGUCUUCUCGUAACUCUGUGCAGCGUCUUCUCCAACUCUGGAGUGUGUUACAUUUAUUUCAUCUAGAGUACUAAAAUCAAAACCUGCAUGCGUGGUGGUUAUGAACUUGACAGUCCAUUAGCCUUACACACGGGCGCAUCCUUCACUGUAAGGGAACGUGUCAAUAUUUUUUUUUUUAAUUUACCUUAGACAAAUUGAUUUUUUAUUUUCAUUUCUAAUGAACAAUGGUAGUUAGCCCGUUUGGAGGAUUCGAGAAUUAACAGCAGCAGUGAGCAGAGAAGCGUCCCUAUUUGUGGUGGACUAGCAUUAACAGCAGCAGUGAACAGAGAAGUGUCCCUAUUUGUGGUGGACUAGCAGACUAGCAAAUGCUCUCGCCAUUUAAUCAUCGACUGUUAGUGGUCUUUGAAUCAAUCUAAACGAGUCACCACGACUUGGGAAGUUAAAUUUGUCUACAAAAUAUGGCCUUUCAGAAAUAAUGUCAUUUUUUCAAUCUUUGGUGGAGUUUUAUUUGACGCAUCUCGCAAUAUAUCAGUAAAGGUAAAAAUGUCGCAAAGUGCAGGAGUGAAAAUGGCCGCCUUAUCAGAUCAUAGGGUGAAUUUAUCAAGUAAGGUUUAGUCCUCUCAAACCAGAAACAACGGUAAAGUCGAAAGUUUGAAAAUAACGCAAUAAUAAUAAUAAAAAAAACCCGCAAUUCUUGUCUUUGGAAAGGGCAUUCUAUGUUAAUAGCACAAUCGGCAUUUACUUUAGGAAAGGCAGUCUACGUUAACAGCAUAAAUUUGACAUUCACUUUAGAAAAAGGCAGUCAAACUUAACAACACAAUUUGUCAUUCGAUUUGGAAAGGGCAGUCUAAAUUAACAACGCAUUUUAAAAUUUACUUUAGAAAAGGCAAUCUAAAUUAACAACACAAUUUGUCAUUCAAUUUGGGAAAGUCAGUCUACGUUAAAAUGAUAAUUAGGUCAUAAGAUCAAUCAUCCGUGUUUGAAAAAAAAAAUGGAGGAAAAAAUUGUUUGAUUCAAUUUCAUAUUUUCCUUGUCAUUAAAUGUAUGUAACGGCCUAUGAACUAUUUAAUCUAGAUAGUCUAUAUAUGAAAUAAAAAAAAAUUUGAAGCUCUCCUUGCAUUGGUGUCCUAAGGUUCACAGAGAAAGACCCCGAGGCUGCCGAGAAGUGCAAGCGAGCGCACAGACAGAGCAAGUAAAAUGCACCCGGUGACCAGCAGGCACGACGAGGACUCGGUGGAAGACAGCACGCUGUCGAUGAGCAGAGAGUCCGAGCCCGAGCCUGAGUCCGAGGAAGGUGAGUGAUCCAAAAAUUCUACCCGUGUCAGUAAACAUGACGCUCUAAACCACUCUAUCCAGUACAGUGUUAGUCACUUUUGACAUUUCAAACCAGCCACACCGCACAAAUGUUGUUCAAUGACCUUGAAGUCUCCAAACGCUCGAGACAUGACUUGUGGUAAACUGCGUGAUUCUCCAAAUACACCCAUGACAACAAACUUACACUAUUAAAAAUAUUCCUCUGCUCGGGAUAUUAAUCCCAAAGGAUAAACCGGGAUCAAAAUGUAUGUGCAAUAUUUUCCAUACAAACUGAAAAAAAUGUAAGCUAAUAUUGAUUUCAUUUGAAACCUGUGUCGCUGGAAGUUACACCCGCAUUUGUAUUCUAUGGAAAUCUAUACAAAACCUCGUGCGACCAACACAGUUGGAGGUCCUUGAGACAGAACUUUGGGAACAUCGUUUGUUUCUGACACACGAUGUGUGAUUAUAAAAUACUAGGUGACCUUCGGCAUAGCAUACGCCCUAGCUUGUUGGGGUGUGCGCUUGGCUGGCAAGCGAGAUGUAGCCCACUAAACAUUGGCAACAGCAAUGCGUGAACUUCCCAUCUACUCAAGUUACUUGACAAAAACGUGAACUCAAGUUAUGCACAUUUAAAAAUGCCAAUUUUGCCAGACCCCUUCCCCCCCCCCCACUUUUCAUGAUAUGCGACGCGACCCGCGGCUUAGCAGACGCUGCGAGCUUGGCUGGCAAGCUAGGGUGGUGCAGGAGGGUGGGGGGCACUAGCUCCACCACAGUGCGCAUGUCUCGAGACCAAUGAUGGGCAGACAAGGCAAUGGAAGGGAGGGUUUACCUGCGUCGCCUUGCUUCCUCUGGCGUAUCUAUAUAUAGCCUGCGUGGUCGUCUUGUUGUUUUACCCAUCUUGUUGUUGGCCCUAUUUUCUGGCAAAUUAUAUAUAUAGAUUGCAAAGUUUAUUGCUGACUCAUAUUUUCAAUUUUAUUUAGAUCGUAAAGGAUCCUUUUUUAACGGCAAAGUUAUUUGUGCAUGUAUCCACACAGAACCUGGUAAAAGAUCCGGCAGAUCAAGCAGGAGGUCGCCGAAGUUAAUGAGUGACCAGGCCGCAAAGGGCUGGUCCGCGUCGUCAUCGCCCAGCCGGGUGGUCGAUGACUCGGAAGAGGAUUACAGCAACAGAGACGAGGUCGUGUCAGAAGACGGUAAUGCUUCGUCUAAUCCACAUUGUUUGACGUGGUCAGUAAAAUUGGCACAUGAAAUCUGACGGCCAGUACUCUAUAUGGGAAGUUCAUAAAUGAGAUGAAAGAAAAAAGACCACGUCAAACAAAGUAUAAGCUGUUUAUCGGGGUCAGAUUUCCCUAUAGGUUAAAUAGGCUUAAGCCUAAGUCCUCAAAAAAUCGUAAGGGUCAACAAGAUUUGAGGAGACAUAUGUUAUAGACUACCGCGUUUGGCUAAUAUAUGUUACUUUGAAAGCAAGCAAUUUAAAAUUAUGCAAAUUAAAAAUAAAUACUUUGCAGAAAUUAGUCGCAGAUUUAAAAAGGUCUUUUAGUCAUAGUGCGCCCCCCAGUUUGGUGUCAGCAGAUGUCGGCUACUGCUAUACUGGAGUAUUCCAUUCAGUGUAUUUGAUCGACUUUCCCAGCUAGGGCACACUGGGUGAACUAUCACGAGCCACCAAAUGCAAGUUUGGUAACCUGAAUAUAAGGGAUACUAGAUUUCGACAGGCUGAGAUCCAUUACGGUUGAAAUACAGUUCUAGGAAUUGUAAUAAAAAAUGUUAUUUAAAUUUUUUAAUGAGUCUUUAUUCAACACUACAUUAAAUUGUAUGUAUAGAAGGCUUAUUAUAUUAUCAUUAAAAUUUGUUGAAAUCGUUCAAAAAUAUAUUUUAAAAAAAAAAAACAGGCAUUAAUCUCACUGUAAAAAACCUAGAGGAGAUAGCUUUUUUUAAAUAAAAAAUAAUAAUAAAAUUUAACAUAAAGUCACAAUAUUUUUUUUUAAACCAUAACCUUAAAAAUGUUUUCCACCUUAAAAACGUAUUGUUGCCUUCCUUUAUUAUAAUUUAUAAUUAAAUAAAAGAGUUUAACUACCACCCCAGCCCCAACAUGUAUUUGAAAUACACACGUGUUUCAAGCAUGUAUUCAGUGACAUGUCGGGUUUUUACGAAUUCAUAAAUUUUUAAUGCGACUUUCUUCCACGUCAGUAGCCUACUCUUAGGUUCUUUGUACGCUCUUUCUGAAGCUUUUAUUUUUUUUUUUUUACUUUACACCUGCACUAAAGAGUUUUUCAGUUGCGAGGACAGUGACACCAGUGAAUAUAGCGUCCCUGGCAAAUUCACUUACUCAACCCCCGGCACGACUCGACACAUCUCCUUCGGAUAGCACGACAUGUCACGCCGCGCUGACACGGAACAGCCUCACGGACUCUGUGUGACGCAGACCAUUUGUUUCUCUACUCAGUCUCCUACCGCACUGCGUGUCACUAAAACCACUAGGAGGAAGAAGCGCGCUGUCUGGAUGUUCAUAACCGAUUCACUAAACAAAACUGAAGACUGCAAGCGCAAGUCAAUGAACAAACAUAAAGAGUUAUUGAGUGCAAUAAAAUCUUGUUUAGUUGUAUACAUACUCAUUCGACCUUUUUUUUUUUUCUUAUUUGAUAAGUUGAAUGACUAGCGGCAUUUGAAGAGUUGACUCGCAAUCAAAAAUGAUCCAUGACGUCAUUUGGGUUGGCCACCCAUGGUUAAAUCGAUAUCAAAAGAAGCAUUUACAUUGCGAUGUUAGUGGAAAAGGAGACACCAGGCUUGAAUUAAGGAUCAUAAGCAAAACUGGAGGAAUUGAAAUUUGUGUUUGUGCCACAUUUGUGGUCUAGUGUGUUGUGUUAUUAUCAUAAAUUCCGCAAAAAAUGUGUUUGAAAAUCACAACUAUUGUUGAGUAUUGGAGCAACUUUGAGGAGUUUAUUUGAAGAUUUAAAAGCCAAGUAAGAUAAACAUAGAGCUGAUUCUAUCUUAUGCAGACAUUUAUCAAGAAAUAUACCAGGCAAAAAUCCAGGUGGCCCUCCAUAACGAGGAAGCAAUCUUAGGAUUAGUUCUCUGUUCCCCUUGUCUUUGACCUUUCGAACUCCCGGUGGAGCACAGUCCAUUGACAAUUUCUUUCCAAGUCUUCCAGUCUCUGUCGAUACUCUCUAACUCUCUGCAACGUUUUCCAAUCUUUAGUACAUCUUUGUCGACAGCUCUCGUCGGGCUUUUUUUCGGGUCAACGUUUCCUGUUCAUCCUUGCAGGUUCCUUGCCAGUACUUACCUUGUUGAAUCCACACGGGUAUCGAGUUCUCUCAUGGUACGACCUAUUCAUCUCCAUGUUCCCCCCCCCCGAUUUAUUGCUCCAAAUGGGCUUUGUGAAGUCAUUCGUGUUUGGGGAUUUGUGGAACCACUUAAUUUGAGGAUUUUAAGCAGGCUAUUUAGUUUGAUGGUCACUAUACCGGCGUUGAAAUGCAUCACCUAGACUUUAUCAUCUUAAAAGCAUAAGUGCACGUAAUAUAAAUAAUUCCUAUAAGCUAUAAUUAUUUGGUGUUCGCCCUUCCCACGUGAAGAUGAUCAAAAUUAUGUUUGUCUGUGAGUACGGAGAUGGCUUGCCAGUACUAUUUGCGCCCCGAAAGCUUUCCCGCACGUAGCACACACGUCUUUUGGGAUAGGUGGCGGUUAUGCUUGUCAUUGCUUUGCACUUUAUAUUUUUAUACCCAUCCAGCCCUGAGGCGCUACUGCCCUUGUAGGGCUUUGGCCUGCCUCACCACUUCCUUCCACACCGACCUAACUUAUGCUUUUCUUUUCCAUACUUAAAUUCCCAGCUGCUCUAGAUCUUUUCCCACAUCAUCCAUCCAUGUAAGGGUAGGUCUGCCUUUGAGCCGUUUUCCUGUGGGGCUUUGGUUGUGUAACCACUUCACUACGUUGUCAUUUUUUUCUAAAUGUCCCGCCCAGGCGCUGCCUGCCCUUUUUUUUUUUUAAAUUUCUGAUACAAGCGUGGGAUCCUGAUACAGAUUAUACAAUUCCUGGUUGUUUCGUAUUCUUCAUCCCUUUGUUUGUAUAUAAAUUUUCCGGAAAACUUUUCUCUCCCAUUUGCUAAUAGAUUUUCUGCCAUUUUGUUAGGGUCACAGUUUCACUUUUGUAUUUAAAACUGAUCUGAUUACAGUUUUAUUUUUUUUUUGUUUUUUUUUCUUGUAAUGUGUUUUACUUUUGAGUAUUUUGGGACUACUGAAGUUAUGCCCUGUUUCCGGUCGAUAAUCCUCUCCUUUAUUUCUAUUAGUAAUUUCUUUCUUUCAUCUAAUAGAGAUCCUAGGUAUUUGAAUUGAUUUUUUUUUUUAAGUGUGAUUGCAACUUUAUAUAUCUCUAUCCAUUUCUCUCUCUUUAUAUAUAAAUAAAUAAAUAAAUAAAUAUAUACAUNUAUAUAUAUAUAUAUCUAUAUAUUUCAAAAAGUAUACUUACAACUGUGUGUGCAAGUGCUAACAAGUGCAAAGGUCUUUUACACUUUUUAUAGGAUCUAUUUAUUAUAAAAAUGGGGAUGGGGUUAUUGCAAGGGUCCUCAAAAUAGUCUAGGGUCUUACGUAAGUAAAGUCCGACCAUAAUUAGACAACUGUUUUGGUGUCCUCCUAAAUAUAGCCGAAUUCCAGGUAAUGAUACUUUUUUUUUAUUUGAAAGUAUUUUCUACUUUAAGCAUUGAUUUUAUUUCACCUGGUUAAAGUACCGAUGGAAGAAAGGCUUCAGCUUUCAACUCUCAGUACCAACAUUGUUUUAUUUUCUCUUAGUUAAAAUAACAUGAUAAAAGGGACACAAAUUAGAAAUCCCAUGCGCAUUGUAUGAUUAACAAAGAAAACAGUUAAAGAACUCAAAAUAAAAUUUCGCAUUUUUCUAAAGAUGAAGAACAAAGUUUCUUAAGCCAAGUGAAAGGUUUUAUUUUUACUGUUUGGACAGAUCCGCCGAUGGAAAAGAAAUAAAAUAACAUAAAUUUGAUGUUGAGAGACUUGUGAUGAGCGAUUUUCAGAGUUUACUCCGAUGAUGAAGAUUGCUUCAUAAGGCCUAGUAACACCUAAAUGUUGCUGUAUUACCUUCCAAGAUCAGGAUGGAGGAGUCAAAGCAUGUAUAAUUCCCACCAAGAGUACAUUCAAAGCAAGUAUAAUUACCCCUAGGAAUCCAUUCAUAGCAUGCAUAAUUCCCGUCAAGAAUCCAUAGAGCCUUCGUACCGAAUCUCCAAUGAAGAACUGAGACGCAUAUCGUGGGUGACAACUAUAGCAGACACCGCGCAAACAUUCGACAUGGUCACGAUCCGGGAUCUUUCGCUUCACAUGACUAAUUCACGAUGACAGCCUAUGAAAAGGAAAACGGAGAAGAUUUAAAACCAAGCACAGAAAAUAUAUACCGGAUUUACGAGAAAUAAACGUAACUAUACGCUGAUAUCUAAAACCAAUAAAUACUGCCCAAACGGGCUUUUUCUUGGCCUUUUCCUAUAGACCAGGGGGUGGGGAGGCUUGAGGACUCAUUCAAUGCAAGGCACUUUAGCUAUUUCCAAUUUUGUAGAGGUUGCAUUAAUUUUAAAUGAGUUUUACCUCAUAGCCAGAAACCUGUGCUCAUCCUUUUUUUACACCAUUUUUCCUGAUAGAUUUCACGCCCUUUGUUCUGAUAUAUUGUACACCAUAUUUCCCCGAUAGAUUUUACACCACUUUUUCGGCAUUUGCCUGUUACAGACUUCCUUCUAGGGCAGACCUGCGCAACAUACGGCACCCUAGCGCCCACUUUCGGCCCGCGAAGUAACGAAAUAUUCUUCUUAUUAUUUUCUUAAUAGCUUCCCCCCUGUCCUAUUUUCUUUCGGCCCGCACAAGUUAUUCAUAAAGUAUUACGACCCGCCUUACACUUUGAGGUGUGCACGCCUGUUCUAGAGAGUAAAAUAUGUAGCCUCCUAUAGUAAGUUAUGUCCUUUGCUAGAGUAAAGGGUGUCCUUUCCAAAUUAAAAAAAAAUGAUUGGCGUUCUGUAAACAUAUGAAUUAUGUGACAUUAAAAUAACUGUAAAAUAUGUGACCUUUGUGAGAUGCAGUAGAAACAGUAGAAUCUCACUAUUGUAAACAUUGGGAGGUCCCAAUGUGACUGAUCACGUGACUCCACGGUACAGUAAACAUAGCGUGACCGUUAUUGACCGUGACUGAUGACUGAUUCAAUCUUCCAGGCGUGUGAAUAACCGAUGAGUUCUCAUCAGUCUCAACAAUGUGAAUUCUUUUUUACCUAUCAUGACAGUAGACUGUGUGGUCAGUUAGUUUUCUUAAAAGAUCUAAAAAGUGCAAAAAUUGGAGAAAUUGUAAAUACUGAUAGCGAAGUAAAACAGCAAUUGUUUCGAACAUUAUUUUUCCAUAGUUUAGAUGAAACAUAUUGCUUGCAAAAUAAUAUAUUUUUUAACGAAUGCUGUUAUCGACUCAUGACAAAUGUACUGCUUCAGCAAGGUACUAAGUAGCUAACAUUUAAAAAAAAAAAAAAAAUUUUUUUUCCAAGUUUCUGUUAAGGGUGGCCAAAAUAAAUGCCAAUAAAAAUUAAUGUAAAUUCUUCACUAUUUAAAUAUUUAUUUCUGUGAUUAUAAAAUUCUGUGAACUUAAGAAGCCCUCUGGAGGCCUCCAGGUGAUUUCAAAUCAAUGUUAUCAACCACAGAUAUGGCCCAUGCGAAGAAGUAUUCCGGGAAGUCUAGAAAAGCCAAUCAGCAGGUCACGUCUGGACGGGCACGUUCCUCGACCCACGUGCAAGAAAAUAAUGACGCUGAUGAGGAGUAUUUUACAGAGGAUGAGUUGAGACAAGGUGAGUUUAGGUUGUCCGGUUAUUGAUUUGAGAGAAGGUGCGAUUAUGUUGUGCAUUAAUGAAUCAAGGCAAGUUGAGUUAAUUAAUAGUAUUAAUGCUAAGAGAGAAGGUGAGUUUAUGCUGAAUAUUAAUGAGUUGAGACAAGGGAAGUUUUUGUUGUGUAUUAUUGAGUUGAGGGAAGGUGAAUUAAUGCUGUGUGUUAAUGAGUUGAGAAAAGGUGAGUUUAUACUGUGUAUUAAUGAGUUGAGAAAUGGUGAGUUUAUGAUGUUUAUUAUGACCUGUGAAUGACUGAGUGGGUGACUGUGCAAGUUUAACGUGGAUUAGAAUGUGUAAAUUUCAUGACCUUAUCUUCAUGUGUGUCUUAAAUUGUGCAUCGCAGUCUACAACCAAAAGUCCAUCUGAAGAAAUUGUGCAUCGCAGUCUACAACCAAAAGUCCAUCUGAAGAAACACUAAGAUUAUAACCGAAUUUCUAUCUGAAUAUUGACACGAACGCCCUUCAGAGGGUCCACCAAAACUUUUACCAGAAUGUCUAUCAGUACGUCUAUUGGAUUUAUGCUAUGAAUGUAUACCCGCAUGUCUCUCUGAAUGUGUACCCGCAUGUCUCUCUGAAUGUGUACCCGCAUGUCUCUCUGAAUGUGUACCCGCAUGUCUCUCUGAAUGUGUACCCGCAUGUCUCUCUGAAUGUGUAUCGAAAAGUGUAUCGGGGUUUGCAUCAGACGAGACCGACAUCAUUCACGUUUGUCUAGGAUCAUUCCCCACACGAAUCAUACCGAGUACCCGCCCAUGAUGUUGUCGUUUCAAUAUUGGUGAUAAACCACGGGUAGGUAGUUUGUAAGGCGCAACCCAUGAACUUUUCACUGUUAAAGCCCGGGUGGCUAAUUUGUAAGGCGGCGAACCCCCCCCCCCCCACUUUUCUAUGCAACCUAUCAUAUUAUUACGAGAAUUGAAAUCAUAUUUAAACAUACCUUUCUGACAAUUUAGAAAGAUGUUAAAAAGUUUCAAUAUUGGUGAUAAACCACGGGUAGGUAGUUUGUAAGGCGCAACCCAUGAACUUUUCCCCUUUAAAGCCCGGGUGGCUAAUUUGUAAGGCGGCGAACCCCCCCCCCCACUUUUCUAUGCAACCUAUCAUAUUAUUACGAGAAUUGAAAUCAUAUUUAAACAUACCUUUCUGACAAUUUAGAAAGAUGUUAAAACCAUACAAUUUCUAUAUUUAAACAAUAUACAAAAAAAAAUAAUAAUAAUCUCGAGACAUGGUCGCAACAAGGAAAAUUGAUAUUCUUUGUUUUAUCAACUGAAAUACAUUUCUAUCUGAGUGAUCGUCGACGGUUUCGGAAAAUUUGUCUAGGAGUACUCGUGAUUCGAGAGUGGCCCGGCUGUUGUAGUAAGCAUGAUAAGUAUAACGAAUAGGUAGUUAGCGUUAUGCUGAUAGAUUUUAAAAAAAAACAGGUCUUGGAGAACUAAAAAAAAACAAACUUUAUUGAAACAGACUAAAAAAACAACUAUGUAUGGACGCAUACUGUUCUGAAAGACAAAAAUGGUGCGACACAUAGUGUUCUGAAAAAACAAAACCUUGACUCAAAGAGCUGAAUCGUGUAAAGAGCUGAUGCAAAGACCACGAUGGUGUCCUUCCUUUACAGAGAGUCCUACAAUGACAAGAUUUGUGUUUGUGUGUUUUUUGGUCUGUGUGUGUGUGUUGUUUUUUUGUGUGUUUGGUUUGUGGUGAUUUCAUCGUUAUUCAAUCAUGACGCUAAUAUACAUUUUGUGUAUGUCACUUCAUAAAUAUGGAUAUGAAAUUUAGAACAAAGCUGUGUAAUAAAUAAGCCAUUCCACCAGAUUUCAAAGCUUUAAGUAAUAGAAUGUUAAUGCCCAUUAUUUUAAUUUCUGAAAUCGUUCAAAAAAUAUUUCUCUUCCACAAUGAUGGAUUGGCAUCAGCUGCCUGAAGAUCAACUGGGUCAGGCGUUGUAUGGAAAGAUGAAAUAAAUAUGACUGGGGUGAGAACAAGCAUUUAUAUUAAAAAAAAAGUCUUGACAGGGUCAGAUAUGAACGUGAAGACAUCCAAAGAUGCAUUCGAAUGAGCUCAAACUAAUACAUGACUAUGAGUAAAUAUUGGGAAACGAUCGGUCAGAUAUUAGGAAAACUUCGGACAUGUAGUUGGAACAGUUCAGACAGCCAUUUUGGAUGGGUGCAAGGAUUUGCAUGAACAGUUCCUAAUGAUUACGAUUACGAUAGACGCGUUUCUCAGUAAUUCAAUCUACCUAUGCCAGCCGCUUGACGAUAGUUGUAGAGCGUCUAGGAAGCUGUCAUCCUCACGCGUGGCCACAUUUUCAAAAAGCACCUAAUGUCGUUUUCUAUGCUAAAACUUUGUUGAUAUCUGUAGGAGCAUUCUAAUUCUAUGGUAUCGGUUUUUGUCCCCACACUUUUUGUGGUGCUGUUUCUAAGACAAAACUCGUGCAAAUAUGUGAACUAUUUUAAGCCUUGUGAAUUGUUCUUUUUUGGUGUCUUGUUAGUGACUUUAAAUAUGUACUAUUUAACAUUGAUUAGAUUUUUCAAAUGUUGAUUUGAGCUUUGAAUAGAAUGUUUGAUGCGUGAUUUACUCACUCGUAUGCUCUACAUUAAUAUAUAUAUUUGUACUUUUGUUUUAAUUGUAACUUUUGUGGGUUGUUAAUAUGUAUGUCAGAGCUGGCCAAAAAUUUCAUCAGGCGGGCCAAAUUUCAGAAAUAUAAUCUCCUGCCGGGCCACGUAAAUAAUUUUUUUUUCACAAGCAAUCGUGCUACAGCUUCGACCAACAUCGUCUCUCCCCAUUAGAUGAGUUCGUGGUUUAAUGUGAAAAAAACUAGAAAUUUGGAUAUUUAUUAUUAUAAUUUUUUUUUCUUUGGAAGAAACUAAAACCACCGAGAAUCAAAUCUAUUUAUUAGACAAUUUAACAAAUUUUAACAGUCAUGCAUCUGACUAUGUUUUGCAGAGCUAAAAGCAACAAAAUUGAUCUCGACUGAUGUUACGUCAGUAAUUCGUUUUCUCGCGUGUGAUGUGAUGUACUUUAUUCGACUAAAAAGCUGUUCACGCGCACACUUGUUUUCAAACAGCGAAACCAAAGACAGAGCAUUUUUGCAAAACGUGGGAUAUUUCUUCUUGUCUAAAUACGUCUUAUAGAACUCUUCCGCACCAAUCAAAUGGAAAUUCCCCUUUAACUACUGUAUCCCAGCACAUAUCAAAAUGUUCCAUUGGUAAUCUUCCUGAUAAUAAAUUGACGUUAACCGCGAAAGGCGUUGCAAAUGCACACAAAAAAAAAAAGCACGAUUUUUUUUACAAUCCUGAAAUCGGUUUUUCUAAUUCGAGGUUGAAGUCAAGAUAUCAAAGAAGCGCAUUUAUUUACCCGCCAGCACCUGUGUGACGUCUGGUUGCCAUGACAAUGUAGGAGAGUGUGUUAAGUUUUUUGUCCUCAACUGUUGUUCCCAAAGACCAAGGUUCAUUUGAAAUGAAGAAAUAUUAUCAGACAUCUUACUAAUUAAUUGAUCUUUCCUUUGUAGACGAGUAUUGACGUCACUUAGGUGGCUAGUUAUAUCGACCAGAAAGUCCCAAACCCACUCUUUGUCUUCAAACUUAGCGAUACUUAUGGACUUGCUUGCAAAGAAAAGAAUGAUUGUAUAUCUUCCUGCCACUCAAAACUAUUUUCAACAUUUUGGCAAGGGUUAGCCAUCUUACUUCUGCAUAAAAUGUAGCGUCAUUAUAAACUGAGGUCAAAGACUUAACAAAAUUCUUGGAACUGACGGUGAUUCAACCUUUUGACUCAAUGUAGGUCACUAUUUGACAACAACUUUCAUGAUAUGGUCCAUGUUGAGAGACUUCGAACAUACAUUCUCCUGAUGAAUGAUCGAAGAAAAUUUAGCAUUGCUUUAUUACUGACUUUGGAGGCCUUAUUUUUCCAUAAAUUUGACUAAACCUUCGUGUCUCCCAACCAUUGCUGGAACACCAUCCGUUGUUAAGACUAAACCUUUGUGUUUCCCAAUCAUUGCUGGGGCACCGUCCACUGUUAAACCCGAUAACUUGUUAAGUUGUAAUGAAAAGCGAUUCAAUGUCGAUGCAACUGCCUCUAACAAAUCUUGUGACUUAGUAAUGUCCUUAAGUGGAUACAGUGCCGCUAAUUCUUCUGUCUUUUUAAAAUGGACAUCAGCACCCCUGACAAAAAUUGCCAGUUGGACAGUAUCUGCCAUAUCUGUGCUUUCAUCCAAUGCUAGAAUUGGGCUGUAUCUGCCAUAUCUGUGCUUUCAUCCCAUACUAGAGUUGGGCUGUAUCUGCCAUAUCUGUGCUUUCAUCCAAUGCUAGAGUUGGGCAGUAUGUGCCAUAUCUGUAAUUUCAUCCAAUGCUAGAGUUGGGCAGUAUCUGCCAUAUCUGUGCUUUCAUCCAAUGCUAGAGUUGGGCAGUAUGUGCCAUAUCUGUGCUUUCAUCCAAUGCUAGAGUUGGGCAGUAUGUGCCAUAUCUGUACUUUCAUCCAAUGCUAAAGUUGGGCAGUAUGUGCCAUAUCUGUACUUUCAUCCAAUGCUAAAGUUGGGCAGUAUGUGCCAUAUCUGUACUUUCAUCCAAUGCUAGAGUUUGGCUGUAUCUACAAUAUCUGUGCUUUCAUCAAAUGCUAGAGUUUGGCGGUAUCUGCCAUAUCUGUGCUUUCAUCCAAUGCUAGAGCAUAAAAUAUAAACUGGGAUACUUGACGCUUCACUUCAAAUUUUCUUUAAUAUAUUUUCCAAUGUCAUCCACAUGAAUAGUCUGCCAGAGCGACUUAUUUUUGAGAAACACUUCUUCUAUUCUGAGCACAGAAUUUUAACGACGCUCUUCAAGUAUUUCUUAACCGAUUCACCAUUUGAACGCGGCUUCGAUUUUUUUUAUAGCUUUUAUGAGUAUGGCUGCUGCAUGCGAGAUAUUUCAAAUUCCUCUUAGCUAUAAUUUAACAAUAAUUGACACGAAGGACUCAUGAUGUAAAGUUCUUUUUGGUGAUAUGUACAAUAAAGUUAACAUUUAUGUUCAUUUGACCAAGCUCCGGGGGCCGUAACAUGACUACCGGGGGCCGUAACAUGACUACCGGCGGCUCGAAUGUUGGCUAAUCCCGAUGCGUGUCAAAAAAAAUAAUUGAUGUCCUGUGAGUUUUAUGUAAAUAUUUAUCGAAAGAAGAACUUAAAUCCCCAUUAAAUCCCUUUUUUCCACUGAGCCUCACGUAAUAACAAAUGUCCAUUACUAUGUUGCAGAGUUGGCGGAAUGUCGUCGCCAGCUGAGGAGUCAAAGCUACGACCCUGCCAUGGCCAGGACCGUCAUGCCCGCGGGCAGUGUUCGCAGGCCGGAAUCUGAUUCAGAAGACGAACGCGCCAGGGGAUCGUGCUACAACGGCAAGUGCUCCAGAAGGCCCACCCCUUUCACUCAGCCUUUCAUCCAGCCUUUCCACCCCGCUUCGCCUAGUAUGUACGACGAACAAAUGAAGUCCCAGCGGAAGCCCCGCCCGGAAGCCUACCCGUACAAUGAGGCACCGAAGCAAAUGCUAAAGGGUUUCCCGCAAGAAACAACGUUUCGAUGCUACGUUGAACGGAAUCUCGGCCAGGGAAGUCCUGUGUAUCUACACGGCGCGCCCGUUUUCGAACGUCGGCCCGAGGAAGCCAUGAGAGGCUAUCCCUCGAACCGGGGUAACACCGAUGCGAUUUAUCACUGCACUCUCGAUAACAAGGUCCCGACGAUACCCCACGGAUCUCAGUACGACAAUGGGCCAUACCAGACGAUGGGUCAGCAGUCACAGAUGAGCUACACGCCCGACCCGCAAGCCGAUUACGGGAGGAGAAUGCAAGGCGAAGCUGGUGGGGGCAACUACGCAGCAAACAGCUCAACGGGAUGCAGCUUCACAGCAAACGGCUCCCCCAUCUGUGGUGGCAGCUCAGGAUCAAACGUCGACAACCUUUUGCCAAGCUGUGCAUCACCCGGGUGCAAUUUCCAUGGUAUAGGUUCACCUGUUGGGAACAGCAACAUCGUAUCCCACGCAGUUAGCGGCAAUGUCGCGCCCUUUGGUCCAGCUAAGACUACCAACAGCAGUUUUCAACCGACUGGGUCACCGGUCAACGGUGGUGGUAAUUUUUUACCCUUUACUCUACCUGGAAGUCCAGGUAGUUUUGGAUCACCUGGUUCACCUGUCGAGAACUUCGCGCAAGCAGGUACGAAUGCGGGAGGCUACAGCUUUGGACCGAGCAGAGAUUGUGUUGUCUGCAGCAACUUCGGACCGAACCGGGAAUUUUCUGCCAGCAGUAACUAUGAGCCGAACCGAGACUGCUACAACUGCGUCAACUGUGCUCAAAACAAGGAGUUUCCCGCGGGCGGUAGUUUUGCACAAAACCGGGAGCCACCCGCUGGCGUCAACUACGGACAGAACAGAGAAUAUCCCGUCAGCGGCAGCUGUGGGGGGAUUAGAGAAUGCGCCGGGGGCGGCAACUUCGGACCAAACAGAGAAAGUGUGGCAGGU